AUGGCAUUAAUUUAUGUAGAUUGUGGCUACCUCUCAAAGGAGGCGCGCACACGCAGCCGAGCACCACCAAAGUUUUUAAGAACCCCCAAUGACCAAACAGGCGUGCAAGGAGGUGUAGCAUCCUUCAUCUGCCAAGCUACAGGCGAUCCACGGCCGAAGAUCGUGUGGAACAAGAAGGGGAAGAAAGUCAGCAACCAGAGAUUUGAGGUGAUUGAGUUCGACGAUGGCUCUGGUUCAGUGCUGAGAAUUCAGCCGUUGCGCACGCCCCGAGACGAAGCCAUAUACGAAUGCGUCGCCUCCAACAGUGUUGGAGAGACGAGCGCUACCACCAGACUCACUGUUUUACGUGAGGACCAGCUGCCCCCUGGUUUCCCCACCAUAGACAUGGGCCCACAGUUGAAAGUUGUGGAGCGAACACGCACUGCCACCAUGCUCUGUGCUGCCAGCGGCAACCCAGACCCAGAUAUCUCUUGGUUCAAAGACUUCCUCCCUGUCAACACCAGCAACAACAAUGGGCGCAUUAAACAGCUCAGAUCAGAAUCCUUUGGUGGUACACCAAUAAGAGGAGCCCUCCAGAUAGAGCAGAGCGAAGAGUCUGACCAGGGGAAGUAUGAAUGCGUGGCGACCAACAACGAUGGAACCCGCUACUCUGCCCCAGCAAACCUAUAUGUCAGAGAGCUGCGAGAAGUGCGACGGGUGCCACCGCGAUUCUCCAUUCCACCUACAGACAAUGAGAUCAUGCCAGGCGGCAGUGUCAAUAUCACAUGUGUAGCUGUGGGCUCCCCCAUGCCAUAUGUCAAGUGGAUGAUGGGAGCUGAGGAUCUUACGCCGGAAGACGAUAUGCCCAUUGGACGUAACGUCUUGGAGCUUACGGACGUACGGCAAUCGGCCAAUUACACAUGUGUAGCCAUGUCAACCCUCGGGGUCAUAGAGGCUGCGGCACAGAUAACAGUGAAAGCGUUGCCCAAGGCUCCUGGUAUUCCUGUAGUGGAAGAGCGCACAGCCACAAGCAUAACAUUGGCUUGGGACUCUGGCAACCCUGAACCAAUUUCCUACUACAUCAUCCAGCACAAGUCCAAGUACUCGGAUGAGUUGUACAAAGAGAUUGAUGGCGUAGCCACCACUAGGUACAGCGUCGGGGGCCUCAGCCCCUACUCCGACUAUGAGUUUCGGGUGGUGGCGGUAAACAACAUCGGCCGAGGGCCACCCAGCGAGAGCAUUGAGGCCAAAACUGCUGAGCAGGCACCCAGCACCGCACCGAGGCAGGUCCGAGGUCACAUGAUGAGCGCCACCACAGCGUUCAUCCAGUGGGAUGAGCCAGAGGAGGCCAACGGACAGAUCACGGGCUACCGAGUCUACUACACCAUGGAUCCCAGCCAGCACCCCAACCACUGGGAGAAGCAGAUUGUCCGGGGGUCUAAUAUUGCCACCAUUCAGGGCCUCAUCCCAAAUAAGACCUACUAUAUCAAAAUUUUAGCCUACACUUCAGUGGGUGAUGGGCCUCUUUCUCCAGAUCUUCAAAUCAUUGCAAAGACCGGAGUUCCGUCCCAACCAACCGACUUCAAAGGAGAAGCCAAAUCAGAAACGAGCAUUUUGCUGUCGUGGAACGCUCAGACGCAAAGUGGGCAAGAAAAUCAAGUGACAGGAUACGAGCUUUUAUACAGAAAGAGAGAUGACAAAGAGGAGAAACGAGUCAGCUUUGAGCCGACAACAACGUACCUACUGAAGGACUUGAAGCCCUUCACUACUUACACUUUUCGGCUGGCUGCCCGAAGUAAACACGGAGUUGGAGCUUACACCAAUGAAAUCUCUGCAGAAACUCCACAGACACAACCCUCGGGCCCACCUCAGGAAGUCAAGUGCUAUAGCCCCAGCUCCACCAACAUCCUGGUAAGUUGGCGGCCACCACCUGUCGAAUUACAAAACGGGAUCAUAACGCAAUACGCCAUCCAGUACGCUGCGACCGAAGGGGAGGACGCGACUACUCGUCAAAUCGUCAACAUCCCUCCGGAAAGCACCCAGUACCUUUUGGAAAACUUGGAAAAAUGGACAGAGUACCGUGUGACUGUCACUGCUCAUACAGAUGUUGGAGCAGGACCGGAGAGCCUGCCGCAGGUCAUCCGCACAGAGGAGGAUGUUCCUAGCGGGCCACCUCGUAAAGUUGAGGUGGAGGCUGUCAACUCCUCAUCAAUUAAAGUGAUCUGGCGUUCACCGAUGCCCACCAAGCAGCACGGUCAGAUCCGAGGGUACCAGGUGCACUAUGUCAGGAUGGUUAAUGGGGAGCCCACAGGACAGCCAGCCAUCAAGGACAUCCUGAUUGAUGAUGCCCAGUGGGAAUAUGAUGAUACAACUGAUCAUGAAAUGAUCAUCACAGAACUGCAGGCUGAGACCACGUAUUCUGUUACUGUCGCAGCCUUCACGACAAAGGGCGACGGUGCACGCAGCAAGCCCAAGCUGAUCACCACCACUGGUGCAGUUCCUGAAAAACCUUGGCUUAAGGUCAGUACAACCAACAUGGGCACAGCUCUCCUCCAGUGGAAUCCCCCAGCAAUAACUCACGGGCCCCUGCAAGGCUAUCGUCUCCGCUUUGGCCGUAAAGAUGUGGAUCCGCUGACUGUUAUUGAGUUCGCAGAGAGAGAGAACCACUACACAACCAAAGAGAUCCACAAGGGAGCCUCUUACACUUUUCGCCUAUCGGCGCGCAACAAGGUGGGCUUUGGUGAAGAAACGGUCAAAGAAGUGACCACAAACGAGGACGUUCCGAGCGGCUACCCUCAGAACAUUAAAGCGGAGGGCGCCACCACCUCCACGAUUCAGGUUAGCUGGCAACCUGUGCUGCUGGCAGAACGAAACGGGCAAAUAGUGAAGUACGCUCUGCAGUACAAGGACAUCAACAGCCCGCGCAGUCCCUCAGAACUCUUCAUCACUGCCCCGGAGUCGACAGUCAUCCUGGAUGGCCUUAGGGCCGAUACUACUUAUGAUAUUAAAAUGUGUGCCUUCACCAGCAAGGGCGCUGGUCCCUAUAGCCCAAGUGUCCAAUUCAGGACACAGCCUGUGGAUCAAGCAGUGUUUGCAAAAAAUUUUCACGUGAAAGCUGCCAUGAAGUCGUCGGUGCUGCUGACAUGGGAAAUUCCAGACACCUACAACCCUGCUCAACCUUUCACUAUCCUCUACGAUAACGGGCAGAGUGUGGAGGUCGAUGGGAAGUUAACCCAGAAGCUAAUCACGGGUCUUCAGCCUGAAACUCAGUACUCUUUCCUCUUGACCAAUCGCGGCAACAGCGCAGGAGGUCUUCAGCACCGCGUGUCCACCAUGACGGCCCCGGACGUCCUCCGCACCAAACCCUAUUUGGUCGACAAGACCAACUCAGACGGUAUGGUGACUGUGGAGCUACCUGCAGUGGAGACUUCUGAGAGAGUAAGGGGUUAUUAUAUUGUGGUGGUACCUCUGAAGAAGCAGCGCACCGGCAAGUUUUUCAAACCCUGGGAUAGUCCUGACGAGAUGAAUUUGGAGGAGCUGCUGAAGGAGAUAAACCGAACGAGCAGGGGCCUUCGUUUCCAGAGGCAGGCAGAACCCAAAGCCUAUAUCGCCGCUUACUUCAAAGACCUGCCCAAACAGUUCACCCUGGGAGAUGGCAAGAUCUAUGGGGACUUUGAGAACAAGCAACUUCAGAAUGGCCAGGAAUACAUCUUCUUUGUGCUUGCUGUUCUGGAGAUGUCCGAGAAUAUUAUGUAUGCUACCAGCCCCUACUCGGACUCGGUCGUUUCAGCCGACAUCGAUCCCCAGCCAAUCAUCGACGAGGAGGAGGGCCUCAUCUGGGUGGUGGGGCCUGUGCUAGCUGUUGUCUUCAUCAUAUGCAUCGUCAUUGCCAUCCUCCUUUACAAGAGCAAGCCGGACAGAAAACGAGCUGAGUCUGAAGCUAGAAAAGGUAGUCUCCCCAACAGUAAAGAAAUGCCGCUUCAUCAUCCCACUGAUCCAGUUGAGCUGCGACGUCUCAACUUCCAAACACCCGGUUCAGGUGCGCCCAGUCACCCCAGUAACCUCCAUUUGUCAAGUAUGGCCAGCCACCCUCCAAUCCCUGUCAUGGAAUUAGCGGAUCAUCUGGAGCGCCUGAAAGCCAACGAUAACCUCAAGUUUUCACAGGAGUAUGAGUCCAUCGACCCUGGCCAGCAGUUCACAUGGGAGCACUCCAACCUAGAGGUCAACAAACCAAAGAACAGAUAUGCCAACGUGAUAGCCUACGACCACUCCAGGGUCUUGCUCUCAGCUAUUGACGGUAUCCCUGGCAGUGACUACAUUAAUUCCAACUACAUCGAUGGCUACAGGAAGCAGAACGCCUACAUCGCCACCCAGGGUUCUUUACCCGAGACGUUUGGGGACUUCUGGAGGAUGAUCUGGGAGCAGAGGAGUGCCACCAUCGUCAUGAUGACCAAACUAGAAGAGCGGUCCAGGGUAAAGUGUGACCAGUACUGGCCUACAAGAGGGACAGAGACAUACGGUCUAAUCCAAGUGACCCUGCUGGACACGGUAGAGCUGGCCACAUACUGUGUCAGGACGUUUGCACUCUUUAAAAAUGGCUCCAGUGAGAAGAGGGAGGUGAGGCAGUUCCAGUUCACGGCCUGGCCAGACCACGGGGUACCCGAGCACCCCACUCCAUUCCUGGCCUUCCUGAGACGGGUGAAAGCCUGCAAUCCUCCAGAUGCAGGGCCCAUGGUGGUACACUGCAGUGCCGGCGUGGGACGCACAGGUUGCUUCAUCGUGAUUGAUGCCAUGCUUGAACGUAUCAAGCACGAGAAGACCGUGGAUAUCUACGGGCACGUCACGCUAAUGCGUGCCCAGCGCAACUACAUGGUGCAGACAGAGGACCAGUAUGUCUUCAUACAUGACGCGCUCCAGGAGGCCGUCAACUGCGGCACCACCGAAGUGCCCGCCAGAAACCUAUACGCCUACAUCCAGAAACUGACCCAGAUAGAGGGUGGAGAGAAUGUCACCGGCAUGGAACUUGAGUUCAAGCGUUUAGCUAACACUAAAGCCCAUACAUCACGAUUCAUCAGUGCCAAUCUCCCCUGCAACAAGUUCAAGAACCGCCUUGUUAACAUAAUGCCAUACGAGUCCACACGAGUGUGUCUACAGCCCAUUCGAGGAGUUGAGGGCUCUGACUACAUCAAUGCCAGUUUCAUUGAUGGGUACAGGCAACAGAAAGCCUACAUUGCAACACAGGGACCACUGGCAGAGACCACGGAGGACUUUUGGAGGAUGCUCUGGGAGCAUAACUCUACUAUUGUUGUAAUGCUAACCAAGCUUAGAGAAAUGGGCAGGGAAAAGUGCCACCAGUACUGGCCAGCAGAAAGGUCGGCCAGAUACCAGUACUUUGUGGUGGACCCCAUGGCCGAGUAUAACAUGCCCCAGUAUAUCCUGAGAGAGUUCAAAGUGACUGAUGCCAGGGAUGGGCAGUCACGGACAGUAAGGCAGUUUCAGUUCACAGACUGGCCUGAACAAGGAGUGCCAAAAUCAGGAGAGGGGUUCAUUGAUUUCAUCGGCCAAGUACAUAAAACAAAAGAGCAGUUCGGCCAAGAUGGCCCUAUCUCGGUCCACUGUAGCGCGGGCGUCGGUAGAACCGGAGUUUUCAUCACCCUCAGCAUCGUCUUGGAACGAAUGAGAUAUGAGGGCGUAGUAGACAUCUUUCAGACAGUGAAAAUGUUACGGACGCAAAGACCAGCUAUGGUGCAGACAGAGGAUCAAUACCAGUUCUGCUACAGAGCUGGCUUGGAGUACUUGGGAAGCUUUGAUCACUAUGCAACGUAAAAGACCCAGUAUUGGAAGAUAAAAGCAGAGGGCCCUUUGGAAAAAGAAAACCCAGUGAGCCUCUCUUCUGAGCCAUAAAGUCCUGCUUGAGAAAGUACUCCUUAACUCCUUGCUAACAACUCAUUACAUGUUGGAUGUGCGACAUGACUUGUCAAAAAACGAAAAAAAAAAAAUGAUUCCCAGGAGGACCAAGUAUUUCCCCAACCCCGAUAAAAACCUCGCCUUGACUCAGAGUGAGGGAAUCCUGACUGUUGAAGCAUUACACGGAAUUACCUUUUCUCUUGCUUCAAGGAUUCAUUUUGGGGCUCAUAAAACUGAACGAAACCAACACAACAAAAAAGUAAAUGAACAAUAAUGACAUCGUCAGAAAUGCAUCAGUGAUUAUGAACCAUUACGAGAGGCAUCGGAAGAACACAGUAUUGCGGGGGAGGGAAAAAAAACUCAAUGCACAUUGUAAAGAAGAAAAAAAAUCUGUUUCACAAUCAAGUACACACAGACAACCCAUCACAAAAGAAGACAAUGCUUGGUCCACAAGAGCAGGACAGACUUAAAGUAACAAUGAAUAAAUAGCCCCGUUUUCUGUCACAAUGUUCAUCAUCUAAAUUUUGGGGAAGAGGGUAAAUGAUCUAUGAAAUAAAUACAAAUUAUUGAUUUAGUUUUUUAGUACUUUAUUAUACAGCUGAUGUGCUUUUUUUGAACUGUGUGAAUUUCCUUUUUUUACACAAAUUUAUCGCUUGGGGAAAAAGUGAUAAAAUGUAUUUACGUAAAGGUUCAUUAUUUUUUUCUCAAAGCUGUAGAACUGUUCUAACGUACAGUAUGUGCUGUUUUGCAGAGGGUCUCUUUGCUUUUUCUUUUUACCCCCGCGCAUUUUGUUGCACUUAGUGCACAGAACAGAAUUCACACAACCAAAAUGUAACUUUGUUAAAGAGUUAUUUUUUGGUCUUGAUUUUUCUGUUGUUUUUUUUUCCUAAAACAAUUGAUUAUUUUCCUCUGUUGGUUUUGUUUUUUCUGUCCAUGAUCACCUACAUGGUAACUUAAUUACUCCAUGAGAUAAACUGGGGCUUUGUGGAAUCAACAGGGAUGAGCAAAGUAUGAAGUUGCUGCUACCGAUUAUCUUAGUUCUUCCAUGUUCCAAUGAUAAGAGAGAACCUGAUGAAUUCGAUGACAUACACGACUAUAUAAAUAUAUGGUAUAGAUUGUCAAAUAUGUGAGAUAUAUAAAUAUAUAUACAUAGAUAUAUAUAUAUUAAAGUAAAUAACAUUCUAAAUAUAUUGAUAAAGUACAUAAUUUAUGAGUGAAAAUGUAAAUGAAAUAUGGAUCAUCUAUGAAAUCUUUUAAAUUGAGAGUUUGUGUGCUGUGGGGGAAAUGAAGAGAUUUUUCACUGGAAUGCACAUCAGUAGGACAAAACUGUAUUCUGAUUCAGUGCAUCUUUUCUUGUGCAAUAAAUAUGUGUGUGUUUAGAUAGGGGUUUUACGUGGAUAUGUUGUUCACUCAUUGACAUUGUCGUUUCCCCCCGCGAGCGAGGCGUGGGAGUGGCAACGCCCCGGUGCCGGUCAGGGCGUUUUUUUCCGAGCUCUUGUACACUUUGUAUUCAGAGACAGAGGGGUCGCGCAGCCGCACUCACGUUCCACGCAAUAGGGCAAGGUACAAAGACGUCACUUUGUUGUGGUUCUUCGAAGCGAUCGGUGGUAAGGACAUUUCUUUCAUUUUGCAUUUAGAGUGCCUUAUAUUUAUGCCUGUUUUUAUAAUGUUUCAUUUAACAUGUCAAUGUAUCCUUUGAGUAAUCGAGGCAUUUAGUGUAAAUGUACAGUUUAUUUACCUUUAGUAUUCAUUUGUCACAUGAUGAGAUUAUAUAUAUGCAAAUAAGAACGUUUCAAAGGUCAUACGUGUCAUUUUCAGUGGCCUUAUUGUGGCUGUGAAGCGAAUUAGAGAAUUAGAGGAAAACAGUAUAUAUCUAUAUAUACUACAUGUAUACUGGCCUACUGGCCUUUAUAGAAAACGGGCAACAUUGCGAACAAUUACCAGACAGGUUUUAAACAGGGAAGAGACUGGCGUCAGAACUAAACAGGAUAAUAUCCAUCAUGUCUUAAGGCCCAACCUAAGGUUAACCGAUUCUUUACCAUUUACAGUCACAUUUCCCAACAUUGUUUAGAUUUUAAAUAAAAAACGAUCAAAAAAAAAGCCCAGUGCACAGGUCGUCACUGAAGGGUUUCUUCUUCAUGCCUUAGGUUUUUACUUUAUAUGUAGAGAAAUACAAACUGCAAACAAAACAUCAUUUAUGUUAUCCUGACAAUCCUAAACGGUGUUUCAAGCCCCCUUUUUCUUUUUUCUGGCACAGCAGUUGGAGACAGGGGGUUUAGCUGGGUUAUGUUUCAGUCUUCAUGUGGAGCAGCAUCUAUAACUUCUCAGUACCCUCUCUGAUGGCUUUGUGGAUGUGCAUUCCAGGUGCUUUCUUUCCCUUGUUAACUGAAGCAGCUAUGUGUUAUAUUUGUGUCUGCUUAACUGAUUACUUUUGUCAUAGUUUUGAGAUAUAAAAGUGCUAUUAUUUAACCUCAUGGUGGCUAAUGUUACAUUAUGUUAAUCUCAGAACACGUUGUGUUUUUUUCCCCUUUUUUUUAUCGAUUUGUUUUCUUUUGUUUUUCAUAUGCAUGGUUAAACGUUGCAGAACGGCCAAAGCUGGCCUGGUAGGAAGACUUGCACUUUCUCUAUCUUUGUACUAUGCACUGCCCUAUUGAUUCUAAACCCAAUAAUAUAUUACUUGAACCCAUCUAUAAAAAGAAAAAAAAAUCUCCUUAAACGUUCACUUUGUGUGUAUGUAAAUAACACAAAAUGGUAUCAACUCUUGAAAAAGACAAAAAAAAAAGUUUGUGGCAAAAAGAGCAUCCAUUCUGAUGCCAUGGUUACUCCAGCAGAUGACUUCAGAACAAUCUGUCCCCCCCAACCAUCUGUUCUCGUGGCUUUGCCAUUCAAGCUUGGAGUGUCAUUAACAGAAAUAAACGUUGUGUUCUCUGCUCUCUCUAUCUAUCUCUCGUCUGGAUGCAUAGACUGAAAAUUAAAUAAUGAAAUUGUAAAAAAAAAAAGAAGAAAAAAAUGGCUUGUUAAAAAGAUCAUACAAUUACCUCUGAUUAGUUGUUAGCGUAAAAUGUUUCUUUCUCUGAAUGAAAGGAGUGCUUUUUAUUUUCUUACUUAGGUUACAUUGGUGGCGGAAGAAGUCUGUACGAAAACCAGUUCUUUGCUGACACGAGUUCCAUUUGUUAUAAAUGAAUUCUAUUAAAAAAUGUCAGUGUUAUGCA